UGAACGAUUUAUCGCAACGACAUCCGUUCAGAAAACAUUUUUUAAAUUACAUUUGUAGAUACCAGAAUUAUCCGUACUCUCUUACUAACUAACCAGUACUAAACAUACUUACCGCUUAUUUAAUUAUCUAGUUAGAACUACCAACUGAGAUUUACGUAAUAAUAUAAAUAAAGAGUAGUGUAGUAUAUACUACGAACUAUUUAAAAAUCGACUCGACAGUCGUCCCCGUUCGCAUGCGCUGUGAUUCCAACGCCGUGAACAUCGUACGAACCGGUUGUUAUUCAUCUGAGCGGCCCCACGAAGCGCGACGAAAACUGCCGAUUAGUGCCGAAACGAUCACUGUCUGGGGCUUACGUUCGCCCGGUCCACGCUUUAUUGACCAUUUCCUGCGAUAUUCGCACUAAAAUCUCACGACCGCAGGCUAAAUAAAUGUACUAAGUGAUGUUACAGUAACCAAUAAGCUAUAAGACUGUCGAGCGGAUAAGUACGCGCGUGUUUUGUGUGGUAGUCAUGAACAGAGCGAUACAAACAAAAGCACAGUGUAUUGUUUUACGAUAAUCAACGCUAAUCGAGCCGCGGUGAAAAGGAAUAACUUGUUAACUCAACGUGAAUAUCAGUCGUGCAUAUACACAUUCAGGUGAUAACCUUGUGAACGAGGAGGUACCUCUAUCGAUUUGUCAGCGGCCAGGGUAUUUGCAACAAAAAAUAUUAUAGCAAGAACAAUUAUGCCGAUGACGAUACACGAAAACAUUGCUCUGCUUAAUAUGAUGUCUUCAGACAAUCUGGAAGAUGAUUUGAAAAGUGUUCAGCUACAUUUUCCAUCGGACAGACGGUUGCAGAGCGACGGCGCAUGCGUGGAAGAGAGGGUCAGGACGUCGCGCGGAGACAUACUGGUGGCGGUCCGCGGGGACAGGAGUAAGCGCGCCAUAAUAACAUACCAUGACCUCGGACUCAAUUAUGCCGCCAACUUUCAGGCGUUCUUUAACUUCUCCGACAUGAGGGCCAUUUUGGAUCAGUUCUGCAUCUACCACAUCAAUGCGCCGGGCCAAGAGGAAGGUGCGCCGACUUUGCCCGAAGACUUUUCUUACCCAUCGAUGGACGCCUUGGCUUCCCAGAUAGACUUCGUUCUGGGACAUUUUGGUAUAAGAUCAUUCAUCGGAUUCGGAGUCGGCGCAGGUGCUAAUAUUUUAGCGCGUUACGCAAUUGAAAAUCCUCAAAAAGUAGACGCUUUAGUACUCGUCAAUUGUACGUCUACUCAGGCUGGUUGGACUGAGUGGCUGUAUCAGAAAUACAAUACGAGACAGCUGAGGUCGAGCGGGAUGACUCAAGGAGCUCUCGAUUAUUUAAUGUGGCAUCAUUUCGGGCGGAGCACCGAGGAUCGCAACCACGAUCUAGCUCACGUUUACAAGGAAUGCUUUACGCACGUCAAUUCCGCAAAUUUAUCUAUGUUCAUAGACUCAUACUUGCGUCGAUCUGAUUUAGGAAUCUCAAGAGACAGCAAUACCAUUAAGGUGCCACUUUUAAACGUGACAGCAGCUCUUUCGCCUCACGUCGAUGACACAGUAACGUUCAAUGGGCGAUUAGAACCGGCUAAGACGUCGUGGUUGAGCAUCUCUGACUGUGGCAUGGUGUUGGAGGAACAACCCGGCAAAAUUGCGGAGGCGUUCAGACUGUUCCUUCAGGGUGAAGGCUACUGUAGAUAGUCACCUCGAAACGGACAACGAUACAUGCAACGCAGCUAAUAUAGAGUGCACACAAUGCUUUACCACACGCGAGCUUCAAUAAUCAAAUUUGUUGUAGGCAUUGGACAUGUAGUCAGAAAUUGUUAACCCUCGUUUAAAAAUAUUUAAGAAAAUAAAUUAUUUUAUGGCUGAA